ACUUGAGGGGGGCGGUUGGCCUUUUUUUUUUUUUUUGUUCCGCGGGGAAGACAGCCACAACGCACGGCUCUAGACACCCCGUCACAGCGGACCGUCUCCUCAAUCCCGGGGUGGGCUGGCGUGGAGGACACCAGGACCGACACGGCAGCCGGAGACAAGAGAGGGUCACCUGGUAGACGAGCGGCAGACCGGCGCCCAGCUAUCGCCUCAUUUUUUUUCGCCUUGUAACUCCUCUUGUGGGUCUUUUUUUUUUUUUGGAGGGACGGGUGGGGGGGAGCAACACACCGAGGAGGGACGAAGACAACACGCCGAGAGGAGGGGACUGGAAGUCUGCCUUCCAGCCUGAAGGGGCCGGCGGUUCGGCCACAGGACCCUGGAUUAGCUAGCUUGUACCCGCGCGGCUAAGUGAAUGGGAUGGAGCCGGGACCGACUGGCGCUGUGCCCAUGGGGGUGUUCCCCCCACCCCUGCAGCAGGUGUUCCACGCCCCGCGUCGGCCAGGAAUGGGCACAGUGGGCAAGCCCAUCAAGCUGCUGGCCAACUACUUCGAGGUGGAGAUCCCCAAGAUGGAUGUCUAUCAUUACGAGGUGGACAUCAAGCCAGACAAGUGCCCGCGGCGAGUCAACAGAGAGGUGGUGGAGUACAUGGUGCAGCACUUCAAGCCACAGCUCUUCGGUGAUCGCAAGCCCGUGUACGACGGCAAGAAGAACAUCUACACGGUGCUGGCAUUGCCCAUUGGUAGUGAGAAGGUGGAUUUCGAGGUCACCAUUCCAGGCGAAGGCAAGGACCGAAUCUUCAAAGUGUCCAUCCGUUGGCUGGCCAAGGUCUCGUGGCGCCUGCUGCAGGAGACACUGGUCAGUGGGCGGCUGCAGGUGCCCCUCGACUCGGUGCAAGCUCUGGACGUGGCGAUGCGGCACUUGGCCUCUAUGAGGUACACUCCAGUGGGUCGCUCAUUCUUUUCUCCACCCGAGGGGUACUAUCACCCUCUGGGUGGGGGCCGGGAGGUGUGGUUCGGAUUCCACCAGUCAGUGAGACCCGCCAUGUGGAAGAUGAUGCUUAACAUUGAUGUGUCUGCCACCGCCUUCUACAAAGCCCAGCCUGUCAUCGAGUUUAUGUGUGAGGUUCUGGACAUCCGCAACAUAGAUGAGCAGCCCAAAACGCUCACCGACUCGCAAAGAGUCCGUUUCACUAAGGAGAUCAAAGGUCUCAAAGUGGAGGUGACACACUGCGGGCAAAUGAAGAGGAAGUAUCGUGUAUGCAAUGUCACCCGACGUCCCGCCAGCCACCAGACAUUCCCCCUCCAGCUUGAAAGCGGACAGACAGUAGAAUGUACCGUUGCCCAGUAUUUCAAGCAGAAGUACAACCUGCAGCUAAAAUACCCCCACCUGCCCUGCUUGCAGGUGGGGCAGGAGCAGAAGCACACAUAUCUGCCCCUAGAGGUCUGUAAUAUCGUGGCGGGCCAAAGAUGCAUCAAGAAGCUGACUGAUAAUCAGACGUCCACCAUGAUCAAAGCCACUGCUCGUUCGGCACCGGACAGACAGGAAGAGAUCAGCAGGCUGAUGAAGAAUGCCAACUUCAACCUCGACCCGUAUAUUCAGGAGUUUGGCAUCAAGGUGAAAGACGACAUGGCUGAAGUGACGGGCAGAGUGCUCCCAGCCCCGAUCCUGCAGUAUGGCGGACGGAACCGAGCCAUAGCCACCCCCAACCAGGGUGUGUGGGACAUGAGGGGAAAGCAGUUCUACAAUGGCAUCGAGAUCAAAGUGUGGGCUAUCGCCUGUUUUGCCCCGCAGAAGCAAUGCAGAGAGGAGGUGCUUAAGAACUUCACAGACCAGCUUCGGAAGAUCUCCAAGGACGCCGGCAUGCCCAUCCAGGGCCAGCCGUGCUUCUGCAAGUACGCCCAGGGAGCGGACAGCGUGGAGCCCAUGUUCAGACAUCUGAAGAACACCUACUCGGGCCUCCAGCUCAUCAUCGUCAUUCUGCCUGGAAAAACCCCCGUCUACGCCGAGGUGAAGCGCGUUGGAGACACUCUGCUGGGCAUGGCCACGCAAUGCGUCCAGGUGAAGAAUGUGGUGAAGACGUCCCCACAGACCCUUUCCAACCUCUGCCUCAAGAUCAACGUCAAGCUGGGGGGCAUCAACAACAUCCUGGUGCCUCAUCAAAGGUCAGCGGUGUUCCAGCAGCCUGUUAUCUUCCUAGGAGCUGAUGUGACUCACCCCCCUGCUGGAGACGGCAAGAAGCCUUCCAUCACAGCUGUGGUGGGCAGCAUGGAUGCCCAUCCCAGCCGGUACUGCGCCACCGUACGGGUCCAGCGGCCCCGGCAGGAGAUCAUCGAGGACCUGUCCUACAUGGUGCGUGAGCUGCUCAUCCAGUUCUACAAGUCCACUCGUUUCAAGCCCACCAGGAUCAUCUUCUACAGGGACGGCGUUCCCGAGGGACAGCUGCCGCAGAUUCUCCACUACGAACUGCUGGCCAUCAGGGAUGCAUGCAUCAAGCUGGAAAAGGACUACCAGCCUGGCAUUACGUACAUCGUGGUGCAGAAACGCCACCACACACGCCUUUUCUGCGCAGACAAGUCUGAAAGGAUCGGAAAAAGCGGGAACAUUCCUGCUGGCACUACAGUGGACACCAGCAUCACUCACCCCUUUGAGUUUGACUUCUACCUGUGCAGCCACGCAGGCAUACAGGGUACAAGCCGGCCGUCGCAUUAUUACGUCUUGUGGGAUGACAAUCGUUUCACGGCUGACGAGUUGCAGAUCCUCACCUACCAGUUGUGCCACACCUAUGUUCGCUGCACCCGCUCCGUGUCCAUCCCAGCACCGGCCUACUACGCCCGCCUCGUAGCCUUUCGCGCCCGCUACCAUCUGGUUGACAAAGAACACGACAGCGGGGAGGGCAGCCACGUCUCGGGUCAGAGUAAUGGUCGGGACCCCCAGGCGCUAGCCAAAGCGGUCCAGAUUCACCAUGACACCCUGAGGACCAUGUACUUCGCCUGAGCUGCGUGUCAAGCCACCCACCUCUUCCCUGGCCAUGUCACUUCAACUUGAGUGGGCAUGUAGCUCCCUACCACCACCACCACCACCACCUCAUCCCCUUCCCUUAUCCCCAUGUGACUGCCCACUACUCAUCCUCCACAGCCAGCCAGCCGCAUCGAUCCAAUCUUCAAAAACACUCUUCAGCCUCAUGCACUCUAAAGGUUAUGAAUAUUAUUAUUGUUAUUUUUAAUUUGUUUUUACUUGACCAGGACUGUUGGAUUUUGUUUUUUUUCCGUUGGUAUUAUGAUCUAAUAUUGUAUACUACCUUCACACAUGCAAGUAAGUAUGCAAUAGAGGAGGAAAGUAGGUGGGUCACAAUGCUGCCUCUUGAACACAAUCCAAAGUCUGGAUGCCAGUGUUCCAAAAUCAUUAGGAUUGGGAAUCCUUUGCUUACUUUUAUUGUUUUUAAUGUUUUUUGUUUGUUUUGUUUUUUGGGGGUACAUUAGCACUUAGCGUUUAGCAUGUAGAUGCCUACACGUCGUAGGCUCUUGUCUUCAUUUUCUUAAGCAGGUGUAGCAUAUCUUGGAAAAUUUAGAGGGCUUUGGAUAGCAUAACAAUAGUGGGACCACUGCGUAGAGCCAGGGACGGGGAACCUUUUUCCUCCUCCUCCCUUCUGUGUUGGUAGUCUGCAGGUUCCCCACCCCUGGUGUGUAAAAGAUACUUGCACCCCAUGCACCUGAACCAGCAUUAUUAGCCAGCCAAAAAAAGAACAAACAACCAAUGGAAAAAAAAAAAGGGGGGGGCACCUGAAAAGGUAAUUGGUAAUUAUUAUUUUCGUCUGCAUGCUCUUUAAGGAUUUACAAGGCACUUUUUUUUGUUUAAUUUACAUAUUGAUUUAGUUUUACUUUUUAUUCCAAAUGGUCUCAUCUUUGUACACAUUUGCUCUUACCUCACGGCCCGAACAACAGAAGCACACGUUCUGAGACCAUCCCUCUUCUAAUGCACUUCCUCAACACUCCUCAUCCUCUGCCAUUGUCACCUUAUUCCUCCAGCGGCACCUGCAUUUGUCACUCCUCAAUCCCUUAGCGCAGGGUUUCCCAAACGAUCAUGAGUACACCCACAAAAUGGUUGGGGGAAAAAAAGACUGCAAUUUUCUUUUGCAGUCGUCACUUUAUGUUCAGUUACAAUUUUGAAAAUGAACUCUGCAUUUCUAUAUAGCCAAAGCGGAAAAAAAAAUCUUAAAUGGGCCAAUUAAAUGAAUUCCACAUGAAAAUAACAAACUGAAAUGUUUAAAAACAAAUUGUUGAAGACUAAAUAGAAUCAUAUUGGUCUAAAAAGUUAAAUACAACUGAACUGUACUUAGUGAUUGUUUUGCUUAGCACUUCCACUAGUCCCAUACAGUGAAGAAAUUAAGUAUUUGAACACCUUGCUAUAUUGCAAGUUCUCGGACUUAGAAAUCAUGGAGGGGUCUGAAAUUUUCAUUGUCGCUGCGUGUACAGUGUGAGAGAGAUAAUCCAAAAAGAAAAAUCCAGAAAUCACAAUGUAUGAUUUUUUUUUUUUUUAAACUGUUUGUGUGAUAUAGCUGCAAAAAAGUAUUUGAACACCUGUCUAUCAGCUACAAUUCUGACCCUCAAAGACCUGUUAGUCCGCCUUUAAAAGUCCACCUCUACUCCAUGUAUUAUCCUGAAUCAGAUGCACCUGUGUGAGGUCGUUAGCUGCAUAAGGACACCUGUCCGCACAAAAAAAAUUGUUAAAAAAAUCAUAGAUUGUGAUUUCUGGAUUUUUCUUUUUAUAUUAUCUCUCACAGUGGACAUGCACCUAUGAUGAAAAUUUCAGACCCCUCCAUGAUUUCUAAGUGGGAGAACUUGCAAUAGGGCAGGGUGUUCAAAUACUUCUUUUCUUUAUUGUACUUUGAUUGUAGAGAUUUUGUCUGAUCACUAAAACAUUUUAACUACGUCUGCUAUGUCGAUGUAGAGUAAAACAUUUUAACUACGUCUGCUAUGUCGAUGUACAGUAUUAGACAAAAUUGCUGUUUUUUUUCUUUUGUUUUGGUCAUUUUGUGUGGGCAGUGCUUGACUCGGCAAAAGACACAAAUUUCUAAAAUCUCCACUCCAAACCCUAACCAAGAGAUUUUUUUAUUUUUUGUCUGAUUGCUGAUAAAUUGUGACCACAUAUCCCACACACAUGAAACACACUAAAUUGACUUUUGUGUUAGUCAUUGUGUGUAGGCGGAGCGUUACUGAAAAAAUAUAUUGCUCACAAUAUAACGUUUUUUUUUUUUUUUUAACCCAGUCGCUGAAUCUAGCUUGGCUUAGCAACGUGAAGUUUGAUAUGCAUAUCGAUAAUUAGCAGACCGACAAAAAAAGUCUCAAGAAGCCGUGCAACAAAAUAAUCAGGAAGUUUAGCAUUUUGCGUUCAUAGCGACGUCACUUUUUGAUCCAUCAAUGUCGGCUCUUCUUAUCAUUGUGAAGCAGAAUUCACCAAGCGUUAAGAUUGUUCACCCACUAAUAUGGAACGUGAGCUGGGUUUAGACCAUCGUGACCAUUUUGACCAUUUCCAGUGCUCCAAAAAAUAGACUAAUCCAAUAGAUUUUUGCCUGAUUCUAACUCUAUUUUAAAUACUUGUAUUACAUUUGUAGAUGACACUAAAUUGGUUAUUUUUGCCAAUUUUUCUUCCUUUGUGACAGGAAAUAAUUUUUCCUCAUACCACUACGGCGCCAGCUACAAUGGUACCACCGUCUUGUCUACCAAACACAUAAAGCUAGUAGUGGAGGCCUGUAUUUCGCUUCUUGCUGUCAAGCUCACAUAAGUAAAAAAGGUAAAAAUACAACUUCAAGAGAUUAACGGUGCCCUGUACUGCAAGAAAGGUAUGGAUGCACAAUUUGGGAAACCCUGCCUUUUUUUAGUGUGUUAGUCAAUUUCCCUUGGUGCUCCGUGUGCAUGGGUGGCACGGGUAAGGGGAGUUGCGACCACUACACACCCUGCCUUUUUAACUGUGAUGAUAAUAAUGCAUGUAAUUCGUUGUAAAACUGGAUUAUCUGAGCCACCUUAUUUUAUUUUUUUUGUCCGGAGGGCAUUUUUGCUCACCGCUGCCUGUUUGCCUCAAUUGUGAAAUGGUUACAAAAAUUUGCUUUUUUUUUUCUACCACAUCAUUUGAGUAUCGAGACUCUUGUGCGUGUGUGUGUUUGUGUGUGUGUGUUUGUGUGUGAGUGUGUGUGUGUGUGAGAGUGAGUGUGUGUGAGAGAGUGAGACCGAAACCCCUUUCACACAGCCUUGCGUUUUGUCAGAGGAAUCAACUUCCGAUAGUACAUACUGCACAAUUGCAAUAGUAUGGACCGUCUCAAUCAGCCAAACUCAAGUAGCUUUGAGACCCUGUUACGGGUUGAGCAGAUGACGACUGCAAAUGUUUUUUUUUCUUUUUUUUUUUUUUAAAUGAGAGUAUCACUUUUUCCGCCCCUGGAUCUGGUCCUGCCUCCAAAGAUGGAAAAUGUAAUUUUUGUAGAUGUUUUGUAGAUGUUUGUUUUUUUUAAUUCUCCAACUUUGUCUCCAUAAUUGUUUGUGUCAUUUAUAAAUAAUGGAUCAACAGUUCCAGUGAAUGGGGGUACAAAGCCAAUUAAUGAAUUUUCCCAUCAUUGAAGGUAGUAUCAGAGUUAUGGUGUUAUGAGUUUCUCACAGGGUUUUCCAAAAGGGGGUUAAAGUUUAACACGCACUUCUACCGCUCGAUUGUGUUGAAAGCAGUUGUAGUUUGGCAUUCUCCGGCCUUUUUCUAUGUUGCUGUGCUCAGCUAUUCAAACUGUCACGAUUUUCUUCUGGCCCAUGUUGUGGAAAUCAGUACAACUCUCAACAUCAUGAGUGGCAAAAUUUUAAUGUCGGAAAUUUUAAGCAAUACUCUCUUGCUUAAGUCUUAUGGCAAAAUAUUGUAGAUGAGAGUUGAAGUGUUAUGAGCGUUUCUAAGGAUAUUCUGCAAUGCCAUGACCACGGGAUAUGAAGUUUUAACACGGCUCAGUUUUUUGCCAAAUAGUUGUUGAAAGCUAUACUUCCUGCACGAUAUUUCCCCCCCCCCCCACCUCCUUUCACCUUCAGAAGUAGUGUCAGAGUUCAGUGUUUUGUCUCUGUUUGUAGAAGGGUCAUGACAGGAACAGGGUGUUGGAAGUUUAACACCUGAGUUCUCAAAAUUUUGUCGAAAGCAAUUGUUCCUCCCUGGGAUUUUUUUCUGCCAACCCUCCAUUUUUUUCCAUUGUUAGCAGUAGUGUCAGCAUUCAGACGCAGGACGUUCCUUAUGUGUAAGGCUUUUCCACAGUGCCACAAUUGUGAAACACCACAAUUUCUUGCUCCCCGCCUUUGGAGAUAAUGUGAGGUUGAGAGAUUACAAAUGUCUCUCAGCGUAUUGUAGGGGAAAUACGUUUUUAAUACCUCACGACCCCUCACAUUUGGGUGAAAAACAGUUAUUGCUGUCAUUUUCCCAAAUUUUUCCUUUUUCAAUCAGUGGGGUAUCAACACUGAAAAAAUGUACACUAACUUAUUCGCGGAUACAGAGUAUACAAGUAAAAGCAUGACAGCUCUGUAUUGAAAAAGUGCAUGUAUACUUAUUUCCUGCUUAUAUUAGGGUUAGGGUUGCGAUUACUAUUUGCAGGGUUUUAUAAGUAAUACCUAAUUGAGUCGUAUAUUUCGAUGUGAAAAUUGCCAAUUCUUUCUUUCACUUUCUCCGUCAAAUGAUUUAUUGUGUCUGUCAAAGAGUUUGCCAUAUUGUUUCCUGUGUGGCUUAUGUGCAGGGGUCUUGUGUGCAGAAUAAUUCCCACUCGUUGGUUUGGAUUAGUUGGAAGUGAUAGUUACGUACGUAAGACUCAAUUGCUCUAAAAGGCCAACCAUCACAUAAUCACAUCACAACCACUUUAUAUGCCGAUUCCACCACUCCAAGCACACUGUCUUAACUUGGUGCAACUUCGGGAUGGUGACUUUUGACAUGUUUUUGUUUUGGUACUGCGAAUCGUAGUUGGAGUGUUUUUUUUGGUCCAUUUCCCGUGAUCCGGGUUAACAGGGAAAAUCAAAAUGAUCCCAAACGUCAAAUUUUAAAAGUAGAUGUUGCACACUUCACACUGUUGCCAUUGACUGCUGCUUGCUUGAGUCUUUAUUGUCGUUUCGUUGAGGACGGAUUCCGCCAAUGUGAAUCACAUGAAAAGCGCCCCCCCCCACGUUCCCUCACUGCUGGGUGAAUCGAUUCAGCGUUUUUGCAGAAUCGAUUUUCACUUGCAAAGGGAAUAUUUGCAAUGCUAUGUUGAAUCGGUAUUUUUUACCCACCCCUAGUCGAAAGCAAUGUUCUCUGCCCAGCAUUUUUUUUUCUGCCAACCCGACUCAUUUCAUUCUCUCCACCUUUUUGAGGUCGUAAGAGUUGAGACGAACCGGAGGCAUGUGAAGUUUUACCACCUGACAUUCUACACAUUUGUGUCGAAAGCACUAAUCCAUUAUCCGUUUGCGGGAUGCCUUGUCUCUGUGUGCAAUCACAGCCAAUUAUGUAUGCUUAUCUCGCCUUGGGUGGGUUCUUCAUAGGCGGAGGUGGGUAAAAGUUGUCUUUUUUUGCAGGAUUACUGUGUGAAAGAGGCUUUGGUCCAAAUGCCACCUUAGUCGUCCUCACAAAGCAUUUGUGGGGUCUUUAAAUCACAUUUAUAGACUAGACUUAUAUAAAAAAAAAAGCCUUUGUACGACAUUUUACCAACAUGUCAUUGUGUUGAAGGUGAUUUGUACAUAUAAAUAUAUGAU